GUGGCACAUGCGAUGUCAGCCCAGUCGUCUGGGACGAGGGUCGAGAAAGCUCCAGAAGCAGCAGCUGUUCGGAUGGCUGAGGAUCUUAGCGCGGCGCCGCAGCCUGCCGACAGCUGCAAAGAGCGGAGGUUGUGCUUGGAGUCCGAGUUCAACCUCAUGUUCACCUCCUUGGUCUGA